AUGCCUACUUUCAACGCUAUUACCUUAUGCCUCGGUCUUCAAUUCUUCUUGGGUAGCUCGAUAGUACACGGUCUACCCACUUUUGGUUCCCUGUCUUUCCCUAACAUGUUGGCCGUCAAUGCUUCCGCCUCUGCUACCGCGUCUGCCGAAGCUUCCAGCAAAUCAACACUUUCUGCCGGCGCGCACGCGAAUGCAACUGCAGGAACUUCAAUAGGCCAAUCGGGUGCUUUGACAAUGCCUGGCCUUGCACCACCGUCUGACAGCAAAGGAUGCGUAUGCCAAGAGUCUAGCAGCACACAAGAUACUAUGACUCCUCCACCAGUCAACUCGGGUGUCACUGACGCGAAGCCAAGCGAUACCCCUCCAACGGAGUUGAAGUCCACCAGCCCAGACAGUGGCAAUUCCUCCUCUCCCCCUCCUGCUGAGACAGGGGCUCAAAACACAUCAUCUACCCCCGACACUUUGGCUUGGUCCAUCUUUCAGACUCCUGCCCCCUCAUCUGGCGCUUCGGCUAUGAUCUCAGACUUUUCAGCAGUUAUCCCCGUUGCCAUCAGUCUUUUCGGUGCUGUCGGACUCCUAUUUGCUUAA